GGUCCUGUGAUUGAAUGAAAAAGCCAAAUACCCCAGGUCCUGUGAUGUCACUGCUCCGUAUAUAACUGAUUCUAUCUGCUCCGUAUAUAACUGCAGCCUCACUAAUGCUCUGCAGAUUCUAAUCCAGCUCUGUUGAGUUCUAGGCUCUCACAGUUGGGAAUACCAACCUCAGGUUACUCACUCACAGAUGGAAUACCUGAAGUUUGGUCUCCUUCUCUUGAUGGUGCGUGUGAAUACCCUAUAUGGACUCUGGGACCUGAGUGUCUUGAAAAACACCUAUGUCGUUGAUAUCUCAGAGAGUGGAGAAGGGGAGAAUGUUAUAUUUGAAUGCCCAGUCGUGGAAGAGACGAAAGUCUAUUGGUUAAUAAAAGGUAACCAAAGACCUGGCAGAAUUCUAAGGACCCAUGUGAUGGAGGACAUUGACGCUGGGAAUUUCACAUGCCACCGUCUAACUGGGGAGCUGAUUGAUUAUAAAGUGGUGCUGCUGAAUACUUUAUCCCAUUUGAACCAGAGACUCCUGCCAGGGAAGCAGCCAAUUCAAUGCGAGGCACAGAACUACAGUGGCCACUUUAAAUGCACUUGGAAAAGAAUAAAGAAACACGUACAGUAUAUUUUUGAAGCCCAAAGAGGCAAUUACACAAUUACCUGUGAAAAGCCGUCUGAGAACAACAGGAAGUAUGAGGUGAAUUGCCAUGACAAUGAAUCCUGCCAAUAUGGGGAAGAAAGUCACAACAUUAACAUUCUCCUGCACAUAUUGGACGAAAAACGAUAUGAAAAUCACAGCUUGACCUUUAUGCUGAGAGAUAUCACCAAGCCUGACCCACCGGCUGAACUCAAGAUCUCCAGUACUUCCCUGACGUGGAGUUACCCAAAGACCUGGUGCAAUGUGCACUCGUUUUUCCCUCUUAUAUUCAACGUCAACAUAACAAAGGGAAACAAAAGUCCUGAGCACCAUCAAGGUAUUGAUGUCCCAGAAAUGCCUCGGCCUCCCAAUGGGAAGUUUUCCUUCUGCGUCCAAGCCAGAGAUAUGUACUACAACUCAUCUUGGAGUGAGUGGUCUUGUUCCAAGUAGGUAAAGUAUAGGCACAAUAAGCCAAGAAACAAACAAGCCAAGAAACAGAAAAAGAAGAAAAAAGCGUGACCACGAAGUGUGGUGCAACUGAGCACUCUCUUGUCAGACUACCCUUAACCCAGGUGUCAUAUUAUGUCAGUUUCCUCUGGAACGGAAGAUGCUUAUUUUAUUUUCAUGCAAAGCUUUAUAUGCCCUUUCUAUUGUUCUCUCUAUGUAAUUUAACUCUUAUAUAUAGUGAUAUUUUAUUUAUUCACACUUUAUACAUUAUAGAAAUACUCAGCGUGUUACUAGGAAAAAUGUUCAGGAUCUUCUUGGGAGAAGGAAAGGCUAAUAAAGAGUUAAUCCCAAGCUGCAGGCAUACCUUCAGUUCUCUCAAUAGUGCCCUUAAG